AACAUGAGUGCGCUUCAGUGGAUAUGCUGACUCGAGGGAGAUUGAACGAAUCAGUAGAGCUUUUAACCGUGGUCAGAUGCUCAGCAUCCUAUUUCCUGUGAAUACAAUUUAUAUCUGAAUUAUUUACUCGAAGCAGGUUGCCUUCCAAGGUUCCACCAAGCAGAUCCUGCAUGCAGCAACAGUUGUGUCUGCAUCUUCGAGUGUCUCAUUGAUUGUGACGUCAUUCCGCUCAACAACAUCGUCCGUGACUGUGAAGUUGCAUGGGACACUCCUUGAAAGUCCGGAUUGCGUUGAAAUAGAACAUGGUCCAAGUUGAGAAUUGAGACAGCAAGACUCUUGAUAACCCAACAUGGAAUGGAACACGUGGUUAAACGCCUUGGCCUUCUUGGUGUUGGCCUUGAUGGUGGCUGGCAAAUUGUCACCUGUGAUCAAGUUCUACAUCAAGCAAACGUUUAUCGUGGUAAGCUUGGUCAUGACGGGAGCCUUGUCCAUACCCUAUGGACUGCUCAACUUCCGUGAUCCGCACAAGAUCCAAAAAUUCACAGCUUGGGUCCUCAAACCCGCUAGUUGGAUUUUGGGUGUGGAUUGGCAUAUCCACUUCAAGAGCCCACAUGACCAGACCAAAUCCCACAUGUUCGUGUGCAAUCAUCAGUCCGCUUUGGACGUGAUCGGAAUGCUCCAGUUGUGGCCUUUGAUAAUGCCGUGUUUCACAACGGCCAAGAAGGAGUUGAAAUAUGCAGGACCUUUCGGCCUCAUUCUCUACUUAUGCGGCACGAUCUUCGUCGACCGCAUGUCUUCGGAAAAGGGCCGGAAAGCCGUGAACGAGGCUGGUCAGAUGGCUCGGGAAACCGGCUCCUCGAUUUGGGUGUUCCCUGAGGGGACCCGCAAUCACAAACGCGAUGGCUCCAUGCUGCCUUUCAAGAAAGGAGCCUUUCACGUGGCAGUCGUGUCUCGCUUGCCCGUAGUGCCUGUCAUCAUGUCCGAAUAUGAUUUCUAUGACACGAAUCGCAAAUUCUUCCGCAGUGGCCACGCUCACAUCACGGUCUUAGAUCCCAUUCCCAUUGAGGACUACCCCGCGGAGGAUCCCACGAGUGUGGCACGAUUGCUGGAGAAAUCGCGGGAAAUCAUGCUGGAGGCCAUUGGAAAUAACAAUAAGAAGCAUCAUUGAGCAUCGCUUGGCGUGUUUGGCAUUGAAUUGGGCGGAUUCCACUGAGUGCAACUGAUUACGACAUGAAUUUGAUGACAUGAUUGGCGGGUCGAAUCUAAACACGGGUUACAUGUUUAGAAGACUUGAAAGACCGACUUUUUGAGCCAGGCCAUGCAGACAAUGACAGGACAGAGAGAAAGAAAGAAAGAAACCGAAUGAUUGCUUGUUCAUCCAUCGUCCAUCGUCGUUGCCCCCGCCCCCUUGUUGACAGAUGAAUAAACUUGGAACGUUUUUUUACCACUUAA